AUGCCUUCCCAGCCUAUCUUGAGUCCAGAGAGCUCAUUCACAACCUUCCAAGCCUAUUCACACCCUGUCCGCAAUCUCCCCACCCUACCUACAGCCUACACAACCUAUCCACAGCCUUCCAAAUUUAUUCACGGUCUAUUCAAAAGCUACACAGCCUAUUCACAGCCUACACAGCCUUCCCAGCCUAUCCAAAGUCUAGACAUCCUACUCACGGCCUCCUGGUUGUCUAAUAAGCUUAAGCCCAGACAUGACAAAUUCUCACCAUCCAAGGCUCCUCCUCUUCCUCCCUUCCCAAGUCUCCCAGCCCUCGCCAGAACCCCCUACCACGCUCCCCUGAACCUCCUGUCAUGCCCCCUGAACCCCCUGCCACGCUCCCCUGAACCCAUUGCCACGCCCCCAGAACCCCCUGCCACGCCCCCUGAACCCCCAGCCACGCCCCCAGAACCCCCAGCCACGCCCCCUGAACCCACAGCCACGCCCCCUGAACCCCUUGCCACGCCCCCAGAACCCCCAGCCACGCCCCCUGAACCCACAGCCACGCUCCCCUGA